UUUCUUCGUCUCUUUCUCUCACAAUCAAUAAUGGUUAAUCCUUACGAUGGUGGAGUCUCUUCCCCUUAAAUUCCGCUCCCCUCUCCAAAAUUCUUCACAUUAAAAAAGAAAUAACGAAGCUUUUCGACAUUCAUUCCUUCAUUCCCACAACAAAAAUCAUGGACGGUGAACGGAGAGUCGGCGUUGCGGUGGAUUUCUCUGCCUGUAGCAUUAAAGCCCUCAAAUGGGCCAUCGACAACGUUAUCCGCAAGGGCGAUUUCCUUGUUCUCAUCGCCGUUCGUCCCGAAGGCGAUUAUGAAGACGGCGAGAUGCAGCUCUGGCAAACCACCGGAUCUCCGCUUAUUCCUUUGGUUGAAUUUUCCGAUCCGAACACUAUGAGGAAGUACGGGAUUAAGCCUGAUGCUGAAACUCUGGAUAUUGUGUCAACGGCGGCUGCUCAGAAGGAGAUCAAUGUUUUACUUAAGAUUUAUUGGGGAGAUGCUCGUGAGAAGAUUUGUGAAGCAAUUGAUCAUAUUCCUAUUACUUGUCUCAUCAUUGGGAACAGAGGUCUCGGCAAACUUAAGAGGGCCAUAUUGGGGAGUGUAAGCAACUAUGUAGUGAACAAUGGUUCGUGUCCAGUCACUGUGGUGAAGAAAGCAGAUCAUGAAAACUGAUCAUCCCAACCCAACAACACUCUUAAAUUCUACAUUUUCCCAUUCAAAUUUUCUGAUUGUAAGAUACUGAUUGUGUUUUGUGAAUUUGGUAAUGUAUAUGUUGAUGAUGGUCUGUCCUUAACUAGUUUGACGUGUUGUUAAAAUGUUUGUUAAAUAAUGAGUGUUUCUAUGGGCUGUUAUUGGAAUGGUUUAGAGACUGUUUGGGUGUGUUCUUGAAAACAGUUUUCUGUUUAAUAACAAUUUAGUACAAAUAUGUCCACUAUUUUGUU